CGCGCGAAUAUGUGAAUGACGAGUUGUUCCCAUGCUCAAGUCUGCAUCUGGGGUAAGGUUCAGUAGGGUAGCUCCUGCUUAAUAAAACCGCUCCACAUAACGUCCGUGCACAACGGACACUUUUGGACGACGUUCAACGAGAAUGUGGAAGCCUGUUCAAACAACCAACAACCACAUUGCUCACACAGUGUUUGUCGAACAUAUACGUCGGAACUAUUCAGUAACUCUAUGAUGACUGCGCUUCCUCCUCCUCCCCCUCAGUGGGUACUUGAUCUCGCAGCCACGCCAACAACGAAGCCGAAGAUUUCCUCUAUACCUGAUCCUCCGGGCUUCACGACCGCGAAACAACAGCGCGGCGCUUCAGCGAAGACGCCUCAACGUAAACCCCCAACACAAGAAGAAAUGGAAACACUGAAAGUGAAGAAGGCCUGGGAAGUUGCUAUUGCACCUGCCAAACAGCUACCAAUGAACGCUAUCGGCAUGUACAUGUCUGGCUCUUCGCUACAGAUAUUCAGCAUCAUGAUGGUGUUCAUGCUAUUCAAAACCCCUAUUACCGCUGUUCUCAAUAUUCAGCGUACAUUUCUGCCAUUUGAAACACCCAACACAUCUGGCCGCCUGAUUCAGGUCAAGCUGGUUUUCUUGGCGACAAACUGCGCAGCUCUGGCUUUGGGAAUAUGGAAGGUGAAUCAGAUGGGACUUCUACCAACAACACGAAGUGACUGGCUAGCUUGGGAAGAGCCGCGGACGAAUCUGGAACUGGCGGUACCGGGACUUGGCAUAGGCAUAUAAGUGGAAUAGAUUACACCAGCGGGAGGCAUUACCUGGGAGGAGAAUCAUAUAGUAAUUACAGAAACUGCUAUUGAGAGAUGAAUAGAGCUCUCGCUCGUGUCGCAGCCAUAUCUCCGCGGUCGAUUGUAUGUCUCGGUUCCAAUCUUAUAUGGUCCUGUCGUAUGAGUAUGAGUCCGGCGCUGUCCAGAUCUUUGAUCCAGCUGCGCUUUGAAUGGAUAUCUGCUGGACGCUCGCUCACAUGACUCGCUAUACAAACCACUUAUUGAUGUGUAAUCCAAAACUACCUCCUUCACAUGCUGCUAGAGGAGUAGUGACUAUGCGAGGAAACACGCGUUAGAGCUGAUAUGAUGAAAAUUUGGGAGGUCCUAAGAAAAUAUUAGACGGAAUGAGCAAUAAGCAAGUAGGGAAUGAAAUUGAAUAAGCGGCUAGGACGGAGAGAAUGCUGGACGAAGCGGGG